UCCAAUUUGAAAACGUUUUAGAAAAUUGAGGAAAUAAUAUUACAAGAAUAUAUAUGGCAUUACAAGGAAACAUAAAUAUAAACAAUUACAGAAAUGUGAUGGGGGGCGGCGAAACUUCGAAAGCGUCAAGUAGUUCUAAUUAAUUGAAUAUAUUUCUUGAGCAAGUAUUUAAUUUAUUUAAAUUUUAUGUUAAAACUAACCAAAUAUAAUCAAGAACUUGAUUAUAAUUAAUAAAAUAGUCAUAAAUCAUUAUUUAUCACCAUGGGAAUGGAAGCUGUCGUUUUGGCUGCAAUUACAGUACUUACCAUUGUUUUUGUUGGAUCACUUUUUGCUCUUAUAAUGAUAUGUCGUCAUAAAUAUUGUCGGCCGUUUGAUUUAUUCUCACCGCAAUUUAAGGAUGCAAGACCGGAGAUUAAUCUGAUUAGUAAUGAAGAUAGUGCAGACAUGGAAUUAGAUGAUGUUCGUCUCCAUCCCAAUAUUGAAAAAAUUUUAGUUGAUGAACAAUGGGUAGAUGAUGCCACAGGUCUUAUACCUCAUUGUCUGGCAAUACUGAAAAAGUGCCAUCAUUUAACAGAAAGGUUGGUAGCCAUGAUGAUGACACGUUUCUCUCCUGAAUCAAUGCAAGAUUUGAGUGAAAUCAUUGAUGUCGCUAAAAGAAUAAGUCCUCGUGUCGAUGAUGUUGUAAGAGCUAUGUACCCACCAUUAGACCCAAGAUUAUUGGAAGCACGAUGCAUGGCUUUAAUUUUAUCCGUGAGUCACUUGGCACUCAUAAUACGAUCGCUUUGCCAGUUGAGAACUUCGUGCAGUUGGGUGGAAGCAGCUUUAACAGAUAUGGAAGAGAAUUUACAAGUGUUGAGAGAAGCUGGAAUGGCAUUGGAGGCUACUGCAUCACUGCAAACAAAUUCCCUGACAAACAACUCUACUGAUUCAAUUAACGCUAAUAACGUUAACGGUAAUUUGGUGACUAAAAUUGUUUGAAGUUAUGCUAUAUCCAAAGACUCUUCAUCACUGUGUCUUCCUACAUUCUAAUUUUAUAUCAUUCCAGUAUAUGAUUAAUGAUUAUUACCAAAAUUAAUUAAGCAUCUAUAGCAUCAAUAAUAACAUGGCGAUUUAUUAUAUUUUUACUAAAUGAUUUACUAUCAUUUAUCUAUUAUUUUGCUUUAUAGUACGUAGCAUUUUUUUUUCAAUUGGUACUUAUUACCAAAAUUCAAUUUAGUAUCAUUGGUGUCUACAAUAGCAUGAAUUUUUACAUUUCUUUUAAAUGAAAUAGUACCAUUCCUCUAUUAUUUUUUAUUUUUAGUACAAAGCUUAUUUUUUAUUUCAAUUUGUGCAUUAUUACCAAUCCCACUCAGUUUUAGAAGAAAAAAAAAUUUCCUGACUUUUACAGGUAUAUCAGGUAAAUUGCAAUGAAAAUCCAGUUCAUAUUUUAUAUGUACCAAGCAAGUUUUAAUAGGAAAAGUCAGUUUAACUAAAAAUGUGACAUUUUUACAACAAAUAAUUGUAAUAGAUGUUAGAACUCAAAUUUCAAUAACUGUUUACUAUUAUUGACAAUUCAAACUGGUUAUUUUCCAGUCAUGAUAUAGGAAUUUUCCAGGUUUUUGUAAAAAAUUGCAAUUUUUUCUUAUUAUUUCCUGAUUUUUGAAGUUAAAAUAAAAUUCCCUGGCAUUUCCCAGACCCAUGGGAGCCCUGCAAGAUUAAUUAAGCCUUAUUAGAGUCGAUAAUAGUAUAGCAAUUUUUUAUGCUUUCCUUAAAAUAAUAAGUUCCUUUUCUUCAUUAAUUUUACUUUCUAGAACAUAGCUAUUUUUUAAAUAUUAGUUGUACAACUAGUAUUGUGAAUUAACUUAAAUUAUUUAAAGUUUCUUUAAGUUCUAAUAUCAUGACUUCAUAUUGACGUUUCUCUAUAUUCUAUUUUCAUAACAUUCCAAUGCAUAUUCUAUUUUUUAUAUUACUCGUUAUAGAUGUGAUAUACAUAUAUAUAUUAGGAAUUUCAGAUACACAGUAUUUUUUGUAUGCAUUUAUAUACAUUGUAUUUAUUUAUAUGUUAUUUCAUAAAACAGCAAUACACAACUAUUUUGGAUAGCUAAAUACAAGAGGCAAAAGAUACUGAGUUGCGAGUGAGCAACACUGAUACGUAAUUGCUAGCCUUAUCUGAAAAUUUUUAAAAACUUGAGGGUUAGAUAGUUUCACUUCACAUUUUUUCCCCUAUGUGCAAUUAUUUUUAAUACUAUUUUUUCCAUACUUAGAAAUUAUUUCAGUUCUGUCACUGGGGCAGGAUUUUUUUUUCGGGCUUUCUGCGACAUACCUUUCUAAUACUAAUAUCUUUCUGCAAGAUAAUUUUAACAUAACAAAUAUGCAAGUUACUAAUUUAAAAUAACAAAAGGGUCAACUUCAAAAAAAAAAAAAAAGAAUAAACUUUUGGGAUCAAAUAAAAAAAAAUUUUUUUUAUUGAAUAUGCAAUAUAUAUUUUUUAUUUUGCAAUAUUCUCUUACUUUGUAUGGGGAAAACAUGAUAAUUAUUUCCUUUUUCGCAUUUUAUAAAUCAUCACACUAAAAAAUUUAUGAAAUCCGUAUCAGUAACUACCAAAAAAAAGAUCGACAGUGAAAUUACGCGAAUCGAACUCAUCAAACUAAACUAAUGCGUAACUAAAUGCGUGUUUUUAUUUCGAGAUUCAGUUGUAAUCAAUAAUAUCGUAUUAAAAGUAUAAACUUUUAACAGCUAUGAGUAAAUCAAUAGUAAUAACUGUAUUAAAAAAUAGAAUGAAAAUUUCUACAGGAAAGAAAACCAAAUUUUUUCACUUCCCAAAGGAAGAAUCUUUCUGCAAGAACUCAGUAACACUCUGCUAUGGGGAGUUCUGUUAAAUGGAAAAAAUAAUAUACUGUAAUUUUUAUACGCAAAAAUAACAUUUAUAAAAUGGAAAGAGAGAAAGAAAAUUAUUUUUUUCCUCAUCAAGAUAUAUUAAAAGAAAUAUAUUCUCACAGUUUAGAAAAACAAUCCUAUUCUACUGUUGUUGUUUUUUUAGAAGGGUUAAAGGAUGUUAAAAUUUUUAAAAGGUUUUUUACUGUUCUAAAAAUAUCAAAACAUUACUAUUCCUCAAUAAUAUAACCAACCAUCAUUACUAUUACCUCAAAGCAUUUACUCUCAUUUAUAUCAUCCCAAAAAAUAUAUUAAUACUCACUUAAAGUGAAUAGGAAAAGAUAUCUUAUUUAAUUUUUGAACAUUUGAGUUUAUAACUACAACUUUAAACUAAAAGCACGCAUCACUCGUCUAAAUUCAUAAUAACAAUACCCCAAAACAAGACAUAAGCUUUUCUUCAUGUGCUUAAUAUUUACAAACGCUAUUAUAACCAAACUAGAAUUCUUCAUUUCCUGUAAUUUUUCUAUGAUAUACUACUUCUAGUUAACAAUGUAUGAAAUUUGUGUUUUCUAAAUUCUGCUUCUUUUCUCAAUAUUAUCCAGGAAAAAAAAUUUCAACUCUGUAUCCAAUUUUAUAUUAGUUUGUAGUAGAGUCAGAAGCAUAACAAACAUACGUUUUUCACACAAGAAAAAAAGUUUAAAUAAGUAAAUUUGCUUUCCAGUUCUUCUCACAGUUAUCAGAGCUGUUUGUGCCCCCCCCCC